CUUUCGCGGGAAAACUGCCCCCAAUCCUUUUUGGAGAGGCUUUGGCGCGAGUCUUUGGCGGCGUGGCUCUCCUUUCUCUGCCUGGCUCCAUCUCCAUCUCCAAGUUGCAAUGGUGCAAUUGCGUUCCUCCAGUGGCAACCCAGCUGCCAGCAUGGACCCUUUCCAUUUGCAGGGCAACCUUUCAGGAAAGAAGAAAUCUACGGCAUUCCGCAAUACAAAGCUGAUCCCUAUGGAAACCUCUUCAUCCUCUGAUGACAGCUGUGACAGUUUUGGCUCCGAUAAUUUUGCAAACACGAAAUCGAAUUUCAAGCCAGAAGUUACAGAAGAAAUGGCCAAAAUCUUCAAGGAGGAUUCAGAUGAUGAAUCAUUCUGUGGUUUUUCGGAAAGUGAGAUUCAUGAUGCGUUGAAACUGGAUACCGAUUCUGAAGAAAACAAUGAGUGUGAUGAAGAUAAACAUCAACAUAAUAAGAGACCACGGAAUUGCCCUGUCCCUCUUAAAGUUGCUCUGAAGUUUCCACCUCGGAGGUCUAAGAGGAGGGAGGCUGAAAGAGUUCCUGCUCCUAAACUUCCCUGUGAACUGGACCAGGAUUCGGAUUCUGAUGAAGAAAGAGGCCCAAAAUUCUUAGAGAAAAGAGCUUUAAAUAUAAAGGAAAACAAGGCCAUGCUUGCAAGAUUGAUGGCAGAAUUGAGUGUCCCUGGAAUGUUUCCUGGGAAAGGUCUACUGACAACCCCUAUUUCGAAACCACGGAGGACUCCCAGGAAAUCAUUUCCCAGAAGUGCUUUACGGAGGAAUCCAGAGAGAAGUUCUAGGCCUCACACCAGAUCGCGAUCCUUGAUUGAAGGUCCUCCAAGCCCCAUGUCAGACAAGCAGGAGGAAGAUCCUUACGUUUUAGUGAGAAGGAGAACAUUUGAUGACUAUUCUGAGGAUGAAAUGGAUGCUCCCAGAAGAAAACGUAACAGCGCUAUGACUCUUCCCCAUGUUAUCCGUCCAGUGGAAGAAAUAACCCAGGCAGAGUUAAAUAAUAUCUGUGAAACUGCCAGUGAUAAAGUGUACAACCGUACACUGGGGUCCACCUGUCAUCAGUGCCGCCAGAAAACUAUCGACACCAAGACAAACUGUCGCAACCCAGAAUGUAUAGGAGUACGGGGCCAGUUUUGUGGGCCCUGUCUUCGCAACCGCUAUGGAGAGGAAGUCAAAACUGCUUUGCUGGAUCCGGACUGGUAUUGCCCACCCUGCCGUGGAAUCUGCAACUGCAGCUUCUGCAGGCAACGGGAAGGAAGGUGUGCAACAGGCGUUCUGGUUUAUUUGGCCAAGUAUCACGGUUAUGACAACGUCCAUGCCUAUCUGAAAAGUCUGAAGCAAGAACUUGAAAUGCAAGAAUGAAAAUCCUGACACUGAUCUGCAAUCAACAUACACCAGUUUAGCAUUCUCAUUGAAGUUUUUCAACAUUUUUUUUUACAAUUUCAGCAUGUUUAAAAAGGGAAACAAAAGUAAUUGACUCAGUUGAGUCAUUUGACUGGCAUUAGAUAUUACAGGAUGUGAGUCUUUACUGUUUUCAACUAGAAGUUGUUCUGAUUUCAUACUCUGUUACGUUAUUAAUUACAUUAUGCCAGCUACAUGAAUAUACUUGCUUAACUUACUUGGAUGGUACUUACAGAAAGGCUCUGAUUUGUCAAAGGAGAUGGUUCUGUUGGUUAUCAGUGCCAGGACCUUGCAUUUUUGGAGGUAGUUGGAAAAGAGACUCAGGCACUGGGGGUUGCAUGAUCAAGAGUCUAUGGCUGAAAUCUUACGAGCUUAGCAAUAGCGUAAUUAGGCUGAGCCAUAUACUUUGGAUGGUCUCUUUCCCCCUCCCCUCACCAUUUCCUGCUCUUUUUGUUUGUGGGCAGGCAAGAUUGCAAAAGCAUUUGGCUAUGUGCCCAUAGCCAGAUGCAUAACGAUUACAUCAGUGCUGAGACCUCUAGGGGACCCUGGUAGAUCUCAGCACUCAUGUCAUCAUUUUGUGGCUGUAUAGUCAGAUGAAUUUGAGAUCCUGUUGGCUCCCCAUAAAGCAGAGAAUUGUGUCGAUCGUUGCAGUUCAAUUAGAGAUAGUUCAGGUUCAUCUGCCACUGUGUAGACUGGUCAUGAAGAGCAUCUUAUUUCAGGAGUUGAGUGUCUAUGCUAUUUUAGGUGGCGUUUUGUUGUUAUAAUGGGGGUUUGCACUUCAAGCAUCAGUAAAAGGUGGGAGACUGUUGCUUUCAAUUAUGUAGUUCAUGUUGAAAAAAACUUGACAUUGCGCUUGCUUAAAAUCAAAACGCUUUCUGUGUAUAACAAGCAAUGCUUAAAGGAAGUGGUUCACAACCUGUGGAUCGCCAGGUGUUUUGGUCUACAACUCCCAGAAAUCCCAGCCAGUUUACCAGCUGUUAGGAUUUCUGGGAGUUGGAGGCCAAAACAUCUGGGACCCACAGGUUGAGAACCACUGGCUUAAAAGGAAAGGGAAAGAACAGUGUUAACCAUGCACACACUCAUGGCGGGAAAACUAGCUAUGUAGAAUAGUUUACUAGUGGACAAUAGAAUGCCUAGCUAUUUCUUUAAUGUGUUCAGAAACUACAAUGAAGAGGUGACUUCUAGCACAUUGUAUGUAGCUCAUUGUUAAAUGAUACUUUGUAAGUAAACCAGUGGUUCCCAACCUUUGAUCCUCCAGGUGUUUUGGACUUCAGCUCCCACAAAUCUUAACAGCUGGUAAGAUAGCUGGGAUUUCUAGGAGCUGAAGUCCAAAACACCUGGAGGACUAAAGAUUGGGAACCACUGCGGUAAACAAUAACUGACAGUAGGAAUCUUUUCUCCAUCAGACAGAGCUGGGCAAAGGUUUUAUUUUCAAAUGGUCUGUUUUGUUUGUGUGAAAAUAUUCAUAAUGGGUGAUGGGCAACUUGUGACUCUCCAGGUGAUAGGGGACUGCAAUUCCCAGUCAGCCCUAGGCCACACAGCCAAUUGUAAGGGAUGCUGGAAAUGUAGUCUAGGAACGCCUGGAGAGCCUCACCCCAGAUCUAAAGCUGUCUUGACUACUUCCAUAAGUAAAUCUUCAAACUUGGUUGAACAUGUGAAUGCCAUGCCAUAUGGAUUUUGUGCAGGCUUGUUUUAACCAUAGCAGAAGGCUCUGGCCAGACUCAUAAUAUUGUCUUAAAGUAGUUUCAUACGUACUGUAAAUAGGUUCUGUGAACUAUGAAACUUGACAAUAAAAAUGCGGCUUAGAA